AUGCUGAGAAUGCACAUCCUGAGUUUCCUCCCAAGAAAGUAUGCCAUAAGAACAGGAACUCUCUCAUCUCAAUGGAAAGAUUUAUGGAAGUUCAGGUUCCCUCAUUGCACCACUUUGAACUUCAAUGGAUCUUUUUCAGAAAACAAAUCAUCAGCAGAACUAGUCACAAGCAUCAGCAACUGCAUGGAAAAACAAGGCAAGAAAAAGUUAGAGAUCUUCAACCUCUACUUUUAUGCAGGAAAACUCUACCCUGAUAAAGUGACUGCAUGGAUUAAACAAGCAGUUCUGAAUGGAAUGGAAGUGUCUGAUCUUGAUUUCUCUCAAGGAAAGAUUGGUCGAUUCCCCGGCAGACUAAGCGGUCGCCGGAGAAAGUAUGAGCUUAAAGCGAGCAUAUUUAAAAGGAAUUCAUUGUCUUGCUUAUGCUUGAGAUACUGCAGACUCAGUAGAUGCUUCACUUUCAAACACUUUCAUUCACUUGAAGUGCUUCACUUGCAUGCAGUUAAUAUCAAUGAUUCAAUGCUGAAGAAACUUGUUAUGAGUUGCAAGAGUUUGAAGAGGUUGGAUUUGAGGGAAUGUGUUGCAUUGCAGUAUGUGAGGAUUUCUGCUCCUGAUUUGGUGCUGAAGAGUUUGCUCAGCUUUUUGGAGUCUUUUCAUUUCAUUGGUGGUUCUCCAAGUUUGUACUUGUUGAACACUCCUCUGGUUUUGGUUGAUGUUGUUAUGAUUUCAGGUGGUGAUGAGAGUUUCAAUCAGCCUAGAGAUUGCUUGAAUGUUAUUCUGGGGAUUAAUGCAGUUGAAGUUUUGACUCUCUGCAGCAAGGGUCUUCAGUUCUUUUUUGGGCUUGGGUUCAGUUCAUGUAGACUUCCAAGAUUGAGGGAGCUGCAAGUGAUUUUGGGUGAAAGUGGAGAUGAACCCAUGGAAAUCUUCAAGUUUUUGGGCAAAUGCAUUCUUCCCAACUUGGAGAGAUUGUUCAUUCAGCUAUCAAAAUCAUAUGAAGAACUACACUGGUACUCCACUCUGCCUGCAGUGAUCCAACUUGCAGCCAUAGAACAACACAACUUUGGAAAAUUAAAGAUAGUGAAGCUGAGUGGAUUCAAGAAACACUCCAAAGAGAUGACUUUUCUUAGUUAUCUUUUCCAAUAUGCUGUGGCUCUUGAACAGCUUGUUUUAGUUAUCCCUCAUGAUCAUCAUUUAGACCUUUGCAAUAAUUCUGCUCUUUUUUCUCUUGUUAGAGAAAUUUCUGCCAUGCCAAAAGCUUCAUCAGAAGUUCAGGUUCACUGGACUUGUUCUUCACAUUAUGAUGAAACUCACUGCCCAACUCAUAAUUCUCUUCCAGUUUUUACUGCACCUCAGAAUGCAUGA